GAUCCUCGGGAAUCUCAGCGCCGCGAUCCGUCCUGUUAUCCAAACGCGACGAUCCUGAGCACCGGAAUCCCGUGAAAAUUCCCCUCCAAUGAACCCAAAGCCGGCCUGAAUCCUUUCUUUCUUUCUUUACCCAUAUGUCCGUCAGAGGCCGGCCCUCUCUCUCCUUCCUCCUGCUCCGCCGCCGCCCCCCACCUCCACGCCAGCGGCCCCUCCCCCACAGGCCGGUCCUCGUCGCCCGGCCACCAUCCUCGCGCCGCUCCACCUCACAACCGUAGGGUCGGGCCGUGCUCCACCGCCGACCCGCCUUCUCCUCCUCCUCCUCCUCCUGUCCAGGCCGCCGUCCGCCGGCCACUCCCUCCAGAUCCGCCACUCGCCUUCUCCGGAUCCAGGGGCCGCUUCACCCCUUUCCAGGUCGCCGGUGACCCACCCUCAGUAUCCAAUUCAACAGUGACUCAAGCCUGUUGGUUCGGGCGGCGGCAAGAUGAGGCUUCUGCGGGUGGCCACAUGCAACCUCAACCAGUGGGCCAUGGACUUCGACACCAACCUCCGCAACGUCAAGGAGUCCAUCACCCGGGCCAAGGCCGCCGGCGCCGUCGUCCGCAUCGGCCCCGAGCUCGAGCUCACCGGAUAUGGCUGCGAGGACCAUUUCCUCGAGCAGGACACCACCGCGCACGCAUGGGAGUGCCUGAAGGACAUUUUGUCUGGUGACUAUACAAACGACAUCUUGUGCAGCAUAGGAAUGCCUAUUAUUUUCAAGAGUGUACGGUACAAUUGCCAGGUUUUCUGCCUAAAUCGCAAGAUAAUUAUGAUUCGGCCAAAGAUGUCCCUUGCAAAUGAUGGAAACUAUCGUGAAUUUCGAUGGUUUUCUGCUUGGACAUAUAAAGAUGAACUUGUGGACUUUCAACUCCCUAUUGAUGUCUCAGAGGUUAUAAACCAGGAAACUGUACCUUUUGGUUAUGGUUAUCUGCAGUUUCUUGACGUCUCUUUGGCUGCUGAAACCUGUGAAGAGCUAUUCACUGCAAAUGCUCCUAGGAUUGACCUAGCAUUUAGUGGCGUGGAGGUCUUCAUGAAUGCAAGUGGAAGCCACCAUCAGUUAAGGAAGCUCAAUCUUCGGAUUGAUUCCAUAAAAGAUGCAACCCGUUUAUGUGGUGGUGUAUACAUGUAUGCUAAUCACCAGGGUUGUGAUGGUGGCCGCCUUUAUUAUGAUGGCUGCUGCUGCAUUGCGGUAAAUGGGGAUGUGGUUGCCCAGGGAUCGCAAUUCUCAUUGAAGGAUGUUGAAGUUUUGGAUGCUUUGAUAGAUCUGGAUGCUGUAUCAAGUUAUCGAGCAUGUGUGUCUAGUUUUAGGGAGCAGGCAAGCCAUGUAACAAAAGUACCUUGUGUUAAGGUGCAAUAUAAGCUUUGCCAAACAUUUCGUGAUGGAAUGAUUCCAACUGAUCCAGUGGAGAUUAUGUAUCACUGUCCAGAAGAGGAGAUUGCAUUUGGACCUAGUUGCUGGCUAUGGGAUUAUCUUCGCAGAAGCCGAGCGUCAGGAUUUUUGCUUCCACUUUCUGGUGGUGCAGAUAGUUCAUCCGUUGCAGCAAUUGUUGGCUGCAUGUGCCAGCUUGUCAUAAAAGAUAUAGAUAAAGGAGAUGAGCAAGUUAAGGCAGAUGCUGCGCGGAUUGGUCAGUACAGAGAUGGGGAGUUCCCCACAGACAGCAGAGAGCUUGCAAAACGUUUAUUUUAUACUGUUUACAUGGGAACAGAAAACAGUUCUGAAGAUACCAGAUCACGCGCCAAAAGGCUGGCGGAAGAGAUUGGUUCGUUCCACUUUGAUGUACCUAUUGACAGUGUAGUGUCUGCAUUUCUUUCUUUGUUUGAAAGAUUAACCGGCAAGCGACCACACUACAAGGUUGACGGGGGAUCACAUACUGAAAAUCUGGGAUUACAAAAUAUCCAAGCUCGAAUCAGGAUGGUGCUGGCCUUUAUGAUGGCCUCUCUAAUGCCAUGGGUUCAUAGCAAGUCUGGGUUCUAUCUUGUUCUUGGAAGCUCAAAUGUGGAUGAAGGAUUGCGUGGUUACUUGACGAAAUAUGACUGCAGCUCAGCCGAUAUAAACCCCAUUGGAAGUGUAAGUAAGCAAGACCUUAGGGCUUUCCUACGAUGGGCAGCAGUUAAUCUUCAGUAUUCUUCAUUGGCUGAGGUUGAAGCUGCACCUCCUACUGCAGAGCUUGAGCCAAUCCGCACGGAUUAUAGCCAGUUGGAUGAAGUGGACAUGGGGAUGACAUACGAGGAGUUAUCGAUAUAUGGGAGAUUAAGGAAAAUAUUCCGAUGCGGUCCUGUUUCGAUGUUUCAGAACCUCUGCCACAGGUGGUGUGGGCGACUAUCCCCCUCAGAAGUGGCCGAUAAAGUGAAGCACUUCUUCAAGUACUAUGCCAUAAACCGGCACAAGAUGACGGUCUUGACACCAUCCUAUCACGCGGAGAGCUAUUCACCAGAGGAUAACAGGUUCGAUCUUCGGCAGUUCCUAUACAACUCGACAUGGCCGUACCAGUUUCGCAAGAUUGAUCAACUCGUGCAAGAUAUCGACAAAGAUGGCAAAUGGGUGGAAGAUCGUCGUGCAGACUCGCAGCUCAGACAACGCGGAGCCGCUAGGCCUGCCCAGGGAGGUGGGAUGGGGGUCGUGGCUGCGGGAUCUGCCAAUCCCAGUGUCGGGUUGUAACGAAAUAGGACAUGCCGACUUAUGAAGUAGGUCAUGCGAGCCAGGACUUUACUGCUGCAGGUUGGAUAGUACUUCCUCUGUAAACUAAUAUAAGAGCGUUUAGAUCACUAUUUCAGUAUUCUAAACGCUCUUAUAUUAGUUUACAGAGGGAGUACAUUGCAAAACCAGAAUAGUACAUAGAAUAAUUGUCAAGGGGCAAACACAAGAGUUCCUCAAGGCAUGGACGAUUGAUGUUUCUUAGUUUCUUCUCCCGGCCUCCCCCCGUGUCCUUUUAAUUGCACUACUUUCAGUCAAUUGAAGUUGUCUUGAUUGCACUGUUCAAGUUAACAAUGCCAAUUACAGCGCCAACUAGACAGUAAGUUUGGUGA